UUAAUUAAUGACGUAAUGACGUUUCGUGGUUUUAAUCUUUAAUUAAUUAUUUAAUUGAAACGUGAGCUCGCGCCUGUCCUGCACCGGAAGUAGCGCUCUGUAAACACCGGCCUCCGUGACGUCACGGGUCCACGUCGCCCUGUGAUUGGCUGUCCGCGGAGGUUCGUCCCCCGUCAUCAGCCCCGCGUGUACGGCGCGUGACAGGCGGAUUAACGGGACUCACGCGCGACACAGGCAGCUCACCGGUUAACGGGAGCUAACGGGACCCGAGCCGCUUCCUGUCGGGGUGGGGAAACACCGGGCUGGCGGCCUGCAGCAGGGACGUGUGCGUGCUCAGCAGGGCCCCGGGCUCUCAGGUGAGUGCACCUGUGUAACCCGGUCCAGGAUCAGCAGUAAUCCCGUAACGAGCCUGAGCGGCUCAGCCUGGCUCCACUUCAUGAUGCAGGCGGAGUCCUCCAGCCAGAAGAACUCGCUGUUCUCCGCCAUGCGCCGCUUCAUCGGCGCCGUCAACAACAUGGACCACACGGUUCUGGUGCCCAGCCUGCUGCGGGACGUCCCGCUGGACCUCCCGCAGGACGGAGACAUGUACAGCUCGUACGUGCUGCUCAAGUCCAUCCGCAACGACAUCGAGUGGGGCGUCCUGCAGGGCGACGAGCGGCGGAAGGAUCCGGCGGAGGACGACCUGGAGAAAGAGUUCCACUUCCACCUGAACGGACUGCACGCGGUCCUGUCCAAGCUCACCUGCAGAGCCGACACGCUCACGAGCCGCUACAAGGAGGAGGUCGGCUGCAGGAAGUGACGGGGCGACGUUAGACCAGCUCAGAGACUACAAGUCCCAUCAAACACCAGCACGCACACCUGGACAGGUGAUGCGGAAACCUCACGGAAACCUCACGGAAACCUCACGGAAACCUCAAGGAAACCUCAAGGAAACCUAUUGACUCAAAAUGUUUGUUUGUUUUGGACUUUCAGAGAAAAAAAAGUUUUUUAGUUUGUUUGUAACGAGUUAACGUGUCCGGAACAAGUUAACGAGUUAACGUGUCCGGAACAAGUUAACGAGUUAACAAGUUAACGAGUUAACGUGUCCGGAACAAGUUAACGAGUUAACGUGUCCGGAACAAGUUAACGAGUUAACAAGUUAACGAGUUAACGUGUCCGGAACAAGUUAACGAGUUAAUGAGUUAACGUGUUACGAGUUAACGUGUUACGAGUUAACGUGUCCGUAACGUUCUCAUUCUUUCUGUUACGUGUGUAUAAAUUUGAAAUGUCAGCGUGUCCUUGAACACACCACGUGUUUUGUAGUUAACGAGCUGACCUCGUUAAACGUUUCUAACUGAGCGUGAAGCCAACGUCAUGGAAACGUUCCUGCGUUCAGAUCAGCUGAUGGAGGCGUUGGCAUGGCGACGUGUGUUUGUUUACAUGUUUAUGUUUUUGCUGAGUCAUGUUUAGUCAUGUUUACGUGUUUGUGUGUCAGCCAUUAAAGGUUUUGCUGAGUCA